AUGCGUCUUUUUGAGGAUCUCUCGCUUUGGCCCUUGGUUGUUUACCAGGGCGUUGUGAACCGACUGCCAGGAUGGAACAACGAUAACCUGACUGUCUCAAUCCAAGGUGGCACAGUCCAGGGCAGGUCUAGCAACGGCGUUGACACCUUCUCCGGGAUUCCCUACGCUCAACCCCCUGUCGGAAACCUACGCUUGCGACCUCCACAAAGGAUUACCCGUCAGCUAGGGACCAUUGACGGUACAGGACACGCCAUGGCCUGUCCCCAGCAGCAGCCCCGAGAGCAAGACUUUCCCGGGAUCAUGAAUCUUCUGUCUUUUCUUGGAGACUCUGGUGUCACCGUCCCAGCUCCGACUGAUCAAAGCGAAGACUGCUUGACUGUUACAGUUACCCGCCCCAGUGGUACUACAAGUCAGGAUCGCCUUCCGGUUCUAUUUUAUAUUUACGGAGGCGCUUUCGAGAUUGGGUGUACUGAAGACAAUGACCCCGCAGACUUUGUUCGAUACGGGGUUGACAUUGGCAAGCCGUUUAUCUUUGUUGCGGUGAACUACAGGAUAAAUGGCUUUGGCUUCUUGCCCGGUCAGCGAGUCGCAGAAGAAGGCGUUGCAAACCUGGGACUCCUCGACCAGCGUCUAGGGCUGGAAUGGACGGCAGACAAUAUCGCCAGUUUUGGCGGCGAUCGCACCAAGGUCACCAUCUGGGGCAUUUCGGCGGGCGCCAUCUCUGUCUUUGAUCAAAUGGCGCUGAACAAUGGCAACCACUCGCAUUCGCUUACGGGGAGGCCACUGUUCCGCGCGGCAAUCAUGAGCUCCGGCAGCAUGACUCCAGCAGAAUCCGUGUCUUCGGAGAAAGCCGAGCGAGUGUAUGAAAGGGUGGUCGAAGCUGCCGGUUGCAGCGAGGCUGAGAAUAGCCUUCAAUGCCUGCGGGAGGUUGAUUACGAGAUCUUUCAUCAUGCUGUCUCGACCUUGCCGGGCCCCCUGUCAUACAAUGGCCUUGCCCUUUCAUACCUCCCGCGCCCAGACGGCAAGACACUCCGCGAAAGCCCUGAGAUUCUCGCAAGGGAGGGAAGAUAUGCCGCCGUGCCAAUGAUCGUAGGAACCAUGGAGGAUGAAGGGACGUUGAUCUCUAUCCUGCAGAGCAACCUGACUACGACUGAACACCUCGCCGACUACCUGCAGGGGUGCUUCUUCGCCGAGGGGAACCAAGAUCAGAUGAGCGAACUUGUGCACACUUAUGGUCAAGGUGAAGCGUGUGUUGAGAAUGGCAGCCCCUUCGGAACCGGAUUCGCCAACGAGGUCUUCCCCGGCUUCAAGGAGCGAUCGGCCGUCAUAGGAGACGUCAUCUUUAUCUUAAUGCGGCGACUAUUCCUGACGUAUAGCUCCACCGCCCAUCCAGAUGUUCCAUCGUGGUCGUACAUGGGCAGCUUCAACAAGGGUGCACCAGUGUUCGGGACAACACACGGAUCCGAUACAGCUCCUUUCUUCAACGGCAAUGGGACAGUAUACGCGGCCGAGACUUUUCGCCGGCAUUUCAUCAACUUUGUCUACUCGCUGGAUCCGAAUAAAAGCGACGACCACCAGAGCUGGCCGCGUUGGGCCAACAGCCAGGAGCAGCUCCGGGUCUUCGCCUCGGAGACAAGCUUGAUUGUGGACCGUUACCGCUCGAGGGCUUUUGACUGGAUAGCAGAUAACGUUGGGAUUUUGCAUGUCUAA